CUCCCAUUUAUUAAUAUAUUAAUAUUUAAUGAAAAAAAUUAAAAAAAUCCAACUACCAAAUUAGCCACUAAAAAUCUCAUAUUUUUCCACAUAUUUUCUUCUUUAUAUCAUCCUCUCCAAACCUUCUCUUUCUUUCUCAUUCCAACUCGUCACACAGUAUCUUGAUUCAAGAAACUCGAAUCCCUUCAUUCUUUAUUUAUUUAUUUUUAUUAUUUGAAGUAUAUUAGUGUUUUUCUAGAAAAGAAAAUGGAAAAGGAGAGUGUAAUAACGAGUCAACUCAGUGAAGGGAUGGAAAUUGCAAAAGAGCUCAAGAGAAAAAUCGAUCAACCACCCUCCUCCUCAUCCACGUAUUCAUUACAGGAAUAUUCCAUUUUAAUCGACAAAUUAGUUUCUUGCUACGACAAUGCAAUAUCGAUAUUGCUCGAAAACGAAGCUCCAUUAGUAAACUCUUGUGCUGUUACUAAUUAUGCAUUGGAGGGCAGCCCUACAAGUGAAGUUUCUCACCUCGAUUCUACGGAACAUGUCUGUAAACAUGUUAACAAGAAACGAAAGAAUUCAGGUAGAUGGAGUGAGCAAGUGAAUGUGUGUGGAGUUGAAAUAAAUGAUGGGUAUUAUUGGAGAAAAUAUGGGCAGAAAGAUAUAUUGGGUGCUAAUUACCCAAGGGCAUAUUACAGAUGCACACAUAGGUACACACAAGGAUGUUUGGCAACAAAACAAGUACAACAAAUGGACAAAAACCCCAGUACUACUACUACUACUACAACAACAAACUCCCAAGUUGUCUACAAAGGAACCCACACUUGUACUCAACAGAGACAUAUACUCAAAGUUGAAAGCCAACAACAGCUGGUCAAUAUUACUAAUGUCGAGCCUGAAACUAAUGCCGUCGAAACCGAUCAUCGAUUCUUUGUUGAUCCACAAAGAACCUAUUCACCUCCGACGAACGAUUUUCUUACAAGUCACAGUUUAUUGAGUCCGGACAUUAAUUUCCCGCCCGGAGAUAUUGAUUUGUUGAUUGACGAUGACGUGGAUUUCGAUUAUCGUUUCCUAGGAGCACCCGGCUUUUUCUGACCGUCCGAUGAUCGAUUCCUAGGAGCCCGGGCCUUUGUGGAGUUUGUCAGUCCCAAUUACAUGCAUGCUGACUUAAUAGAAUAUUCUCUUAAUUAUUGCGAAGAAAUUUGAGAUACAAUUAUCUCAACUUUUGCUUCUAAUUUUAUGUUUGACAUCUCUUAUUUUCACUUUUGUCAUUUUUCCUUGAACAUAUACUUUAUGCAUGUGGUGCAAUUUUCCGUUUUUUAUGGGG